GCUUACUUCCUCAUAUCCCUCCCCUCCCGCUAUCUCCCCUUCCGCGCCAAAUCUACCUCUCCGGCAAUCAUGACCUCGCCUUCGUCGCCGCCCUUCCGACGGCUCCCCCUUUGUCGCCACCUGGAGCGGGAGCGGUGGUUCGAGGGGGAGGGGUACGAGGCGAUGCACGUUCCAGGCAGGCGGUGGAGCGACGACAUGGGCGUAGCUCACGAAUCGGCUGGUCGAUUGCUCGAUUUUGGGUUCCAAGAUCAAAAUUGCACUUGGCAAGCUGAUACAACAAAAUCUGCCCUUUGAAUCUACUCUCUUUUUUUCCCUCCGUUGUUGCAUAUAAUUCUUCCAGUCUGAUUUGAACUAGUAUCACAGACUUGAUCAGGGCAGUCCCUGAUCCUCGCAAAAAUCUGCUCUUUCAGAAUUGGUUUGGGUUCACGAGGAGGCAUUAUAUAUAACUGUGAUUCAAGUGAAUUAUUUGUUGAAGGAGCGUGCAUCUCGAGUUGCUAUUUGUUAAUUAAUAUAAUUAAAAAAAAGUUUAUAGAACAAGGGGAAAUCAGGGCCCAUAAUCCAUUCACCACAUGCAUGCUACAGGCUACGGCCUACAAAUUAGAGCAUUGCUUCCUCAACGGAGCAGACAAUAAUCGAUGGCCAUGGCUGUCGAGACAUUGCAGUCGUCCAAGCACGUCUGCGUCGUCGGCGCUGGGGCCUCCGGCCUCGUCUCGGCCCGUGAGCUCCUCAGGGAGGGGCAUUCUGUUGUCGUGCUGGAGCAGAACCACGACCUCGGCGGCCAGUGGCUCUACCAAGACGUCGGCGCCGGCGUCGCCACAGUGCACAGCAGCGUCUACGCCUCCUUGCGCCUCAACUCGCCCAGAGCCUCUAUGGAGUUCACCGAUUUCAUGUUCACUCCCGUCGAAGGAAGAGACACCAGAGACUUCCCCGGCCACCGCGAGCUCUUCCUCUACCUCAAAGACUUCGCCCGGUGUUUCGGGUUGACCGAGCUCAUCAGGCUCAACACGGAAGUAGUCCACGUCGGCAUGGCGGCAGAAACUGGCAAAUGGAUUGUGAGAUCAAGGGACAGGAGAACUGAUGAGGGUGAGUUGGUGGAAGAGAUCUUUGAUGCGGUUGUCAUCGCCACCGGCCAUUUCUCCCUGCCCAGGCUUCCAAAAAUCAGGGGAAUGGAGGAGUGGAAGAGGAAGCAGCUUCACUGCCAUGCCUACAGAAUCCCAGAUCCAUUCCAAGAUGAGGUGGUGGUGGUCGUUGGUGGUGCAAUCAGUGGACCAGAGAUUGCUCUGGAGCUUGUUCAUGUAGCCAAGGAAGUCCAUAUAAGUACUAAACAAGUCGAAAUCCCUGAGAAACUAGUGAUGCCUGUGGCCAAGUAUGCACAUCUGCUCUGGCACCAAGAGAUUGAGUUGCUUUGUGAAGAUGGAACUGUUGUAUUUGCUGAUGGUUCAAGUGUAGUCGCCGAUACGAUUCUCUACUGUACUGGGUAUUCAUAUUCAUUUCCAUUCCUGGACACCAAAGGAGUCAUCCAUGUGGAUGAGAAAAGAAUUGGACCUUUGUAUGAACACACAUUUCCUCCCUCCCUUGCGCCGUCCCUUUCUUUUGUUGGGAUUCCAAACAAGUUUAUCAUCUUUCGAUUUUUUGAGUCACAAGCGAGAUGGAUAGCUCAGGUGCUCUCUGGAAAGAGGAAGCUGCCGUCGGCAGAUGAGAUGAUGAAGGCAAUUGAAGAAGUCGAGCACCCUCAAGAGCUUGAAGAACCAAAAAGUAUCAUACAAAUAAUUGCUGAAAUAUUGGAGUAUUAUGAUAGAUACGGCGAUCAUUGUGAUUUUCCACACUUGGAAGAUUGGAGAAAAGAGAUCAUAAUGAAGUGCGUGGAAAAUUGUUUAAACAAUUGUGAAACAUUCAGGGAUGAAUAGCAAGGAUGGUAAUUUGUUUCGAGUGGUUCUUCUUGAUCACUGAUCUGAGAAUAAAAAAUAGAAAGUAUUUAUAACUA